UCCUCAAAACCUCCCAACACCCCUCUUCUUCUGCCCCUCUAUUUCCCAAUCUCUCCUCCUCUACCCUGAUUUUCCCCUCUACUCCCUCUCAAUUACCCGCCCUUUUCCUUUCAAAUCUUUUCCCUUUACAUUCUUCCACCGCCACUUCUUCUCAAUUUCUGCCAAUUCCCAAACCCUAAGUCUUGAUUCACCCUUCUCUGCGUUUCUCUCAAAACCCCACUUGUGCUCGCCCUUUUCUUUGCUAUUUGGAUUGCUAUAGACGAGGGAAGUUGCAUGUGAGCCCGAUUUCUUUGCUGGGCCUUCGGAAACCUAGUUUUUUUGGCUUGAUCUGGACGGCGUCGUUUUGAGUCUGGAGUCUUCUUGGCCUUUCGGGUUUUGGAGUUUCAGUUCUGGUUGUUGGCUUUUGCUAUGGUGGAUUCGCUGACUUGGGAAUCGAAAUAGUAGUACGAGCAGCUGAGAGUGGAUUUUGUACUUCUGUGUCUUCAUAUGAUCUUUGUUUGUUAGUGAGAGUAAAAUAAGGAAAAACUUGAUUCUCUUUGCUAGGCUAGUGGUUGCAGUUUCACGAAGAAGGCUGUACUUUCUGGCUCUGAAAUGAUUAUUUGCAUUGGGGUUUUCGAAUUCGAGAAGCAAAGGAACAGCAAGAACAGCUGAGGGUGGAUUUCCCUUGUUUGGGGUUUUCUGAAACAGACGAGAUUUAGAGAGGCAGUGGUACAGAUUAUAAGCUUUCAGUUUGGUGCCGGGAGCUGAGGAAUUGUUGUUGGUGAUGGCUAACCAUGAUUUGAUACUUGGCCCAAAUCACAACUUAGGGCUUGGCCAGAAUCAGCAGUUGGUGUUGGGCCAUAACCAUAAUCUGGGUCUUGGUCAGAACCAUACUUUAGAAUUGGGACAAACCCAUGAGCAUGAUUUGGGUUUGGGACAUUCUCAUGACCAUGAAUUGGGUUUAAGCCAUGCACAUGACCAUGAUCUUGGUUUGGGACAAACUGUUCAUCAAGGGGCUGAUGAACAUGGUUAUGAGCAUGGUAAUGAGUUAGCUAUGGAUCGGAAACCAGAACAUGAUGACCAUGGAUUGUCUCUUGCAGAGCAGAACCAUGAGUUAGCUUUAUCUGAGAACAAUGAAUUGGCUGUUUCAGAAAACCAAGAACUUGAUGAUAACUUAGACCUAGCUGUGGACGAUCACCAGGAAAUGGGGAUUGAAUCUACCUCUGAUAUGGUUCAGCAACACCAGCUUGUAGUUUCCACUCCUGUUCUUCAAGCCCGUACUGUUGUUGCAAACCCAAGUUAUGAGCUGGUGGUUGGACAAGAGUUUCCAGAUGUCAAGAGCUGCCGAAGGGCAUUAAGGGACACUGCCAUUGCCCUUCAUUUUGAAAUGCAGACCAUAAAAUCUGACAAGACUCGUUUUACUGCAAAAUGUGCUAGUGAUGGAUGCCCCUGGCGCAUACAUGCUGCAAAGCUUCCAGGUGUUCCAACUUUCACUAUCAGGACAAUCCAUGAGUCCCAUACAUGUGGAGGAAUUGCUCAUCUUGGUCAUCAGCAAGCCUCAGUUCAGUGGGUUGCAAACUCUGUAGAGCAACGACUUAGGGAAAACCCUAAUUACAAGCCAAAGGAGAUACUGGAAGAGAUACACCGGGUUCACGGUAUUACCUUAUCAUACAAGCAAGCUUGGCGAGGUAAGGAGCGUAUCAUGGCUGCUAUGCGUGGAUCCUUUGAAGAAGGGUACCGUCUGCUUCCACAAUAUUGUGACCAAGUUAAACGGACGAACCCUGGAAGUAUUGCAUCUGUCUAUGGGAACCAAACGGACAACUGCUUCCAGCGUCUCUUUAUUUCAUUUCAGGCAUCCAUCUAUGGUUUCCUGAAUGCAUGUCGGCCGCUCCUUGGGCUUGAUAGGACAUUCUUGAAAAGUAAGUAUCUUGGUACUUUACUUUUUGCUACUGGUUUUGAUGGUGAUGGUGCUCUGUUUCCUUUGGCAUUUGGUGUUGUUGAUGAGGAAAAUGAUGAGAACUGGAUGUGGUUUCUCUCUGAACUUCAUAACCUGCUUGAGGUUAAUACUGAAAACAUGCCAAGGCUCACAAUUUUAUCAGAUAGGCAGAAAGGCAUUGUAGAUGGAGUGGAAGCAAACUUCCCAACUGCUUUUCAUGGGUUUUGCAUGCGUCACUUGAGUGAUAGCUUCCGAAAGGAGUUUAAUAAUACAAUGCUUGUCAACCUUCUAUGGGAAGCUGCUCAUGCUCUCACUGUAAUUGAAUUUGAGGCAAAAAUCCUAGAAAUUGAAGAGAUAUCACAAGAUGCCGCAUACUGGAUUCGACGAAUUCCACCUCGUUUGUGGGCUACAGCUUAUUUUGAGGGAACACGGUUUGGACAUCUGACAGCUAAUAUAGUUGAAUCUUUAAAUACUUGGAUUCUAGAAGCUUCUGGACUACCAAUUAUUCAGAUGAUGGAAUGCAUUAGGAGACAGCUAAUGACUUGGUUCAAUGAACGCCGAGAGACGAGUAUGCAGUGGACCUCAAUACUUGUGCCUUCUGCUGAGAGACGUGUUGCAGAGGCUCUCGAGCGUGCACGCACUUAUCAGGUGCUACGUGCUAAUGAAGCUGAAUUUGAAGUUAUCUCUCAUGAAGGAACAAAUAUUGUGGAUAUUCGCAAUCGUUGCUGUCUUUGUCGGGGCUGGCAGCUGUAUGGUUUGCCCUGUGCACAUGCUGUGGCUGCACUUCUCUCUUGCAGGCAGAAUGUUCAUCGAUUUACUGAGAGCUGUUUCACUGUUGCAACUUAUCGUAAAACAUACUCACAAACUAUACAUCCAAUUCCAGAUAAAACUCUAUGGAAGGAGUUAUCUGAGGGAGAUCCGAAUGGAAGCAAAUCUGUGGAGAUUUUGAUCAACCCACCCAAAUCACUUAGGCCACCUGGACGACCGAGAAAGAAGCGAGUGCGAGCAGAAGACCGUGGCCGUGUGAAACGAGUUGUGCAUUGUAGCCGUUGUAAUCAGACAGGCCAUUUUAGAACAACAUGUGCAGCACCCAUUUAAGACUUCCCUGUCAACAAUUGGUUUACUACCAUCAUAUUUGGGUAUAUCCCUUUCCUGUGCAAAGAAAAUUUUAAUUCUGUUUAUUAUUUCUGGAGUUCUAUUAGAUUAGACUAGAUUUGCAUGUUGAUGCUAUAUUCUGUUCCUUGACAUUUAGGCGAAUUAAGUUAAAUAUCAGCUAUGUUAUCUGAAGCUUCACCUCAAUAAUACGCUGUUAUGGAAGGACCCACAUUCAUGGAUUUUUAGCUUUCAAUAUCUUCUAAGUUAUUUUC